UCCGCGGCCCGAGGUGUGGCAGCUGGUGGCGGGGAAAGAGGAGCACGUGUGGGGCGAGGCCGUGACCGUGUGGCACUUUGAGGGCGCGCCCCUGGACACGUCACAGCAGCAGCUGGAGGAGCUGCUGGCCGACGCCAACAGCACGCUGCAGUGCGCUCAGCAGCAGCUGGAUGAGCUUCUGGCCGACGCCAACAGCAGUACGCUCAGGUGGGUUUCAAAGGGGGAAGUGGGAGUUCUCAGUGUGCGCAUGCCAUGGGGGGGUUUUGUGCCGGACUGCACGGUGUGGCACAUGUUUGAGGGCACGCCACUGAAUGCGUUGCAGCAGCAGCUGGAGGAGCUGCUGGCCGAGGCCAAGAGCACGCUGCAGUGCGCUCAGACAGUGGAGGAUUUCUGGUACCCGCCGCCCCUGCAGGUGAAGUGGAUUCUCAUCACCAACUCGCAUCCGCUCAAGCAAGUGCUCAAAGCCAAGUACCCACAUAAGGUGGUAGCGACAGACUUCAUCCCAUGGCACUCGGACCGAGCCACGGAGCACGAGAACACAGACCUCACCUCGCCGGAGGAGCGUGAGGCGGCGCUGCGAGGCCUGCAGCACUUCCGCGAGACGGUGGCGGAGUGGGCGCUCGUGGCGUCGUGCCACACCUUCAUCAUCCCCGCCUCGGGCUUCUCCCGCACGGCGGCGCUCUAUGCCCUGCGCCCUCUUGACAUGUUCAUUCCCCCGCCCGACCCCUGUAACCCCGAGGAGCCCACUCCCAUCUCUGCCUUGCGCGGCUCCUGGAAUCAGAACGCCGUGCCCAAGGUGCAGAAGCUCGCAGAGGUUUGCCGCGGUUUGGCGGAGGCGGAAGCGAGUGGCGCGGGGGGAAGCGGCGGAGCGGAGCGGAAGCUGCAAGUGGUGGUGCUGGUCCAAUCAGACGUGGAGGAGAAAGAGGUGCAGCAGUCGCUCUUAAAGCUCGCGGCGAAAGAGAGGCUCCCCAACGGCCCCACGGGUCCCGCGAUUCCAUCGCAGCCGCCGUGGAUCGCGGUGCCGUGCGUGCCGUCAGAUGUCGAGUCGCUUGAAGGAGUUCUUACCGAGGCCGCGCAGACGCUCUCCGUGGCGCUCGAUAUAGUCACGUCGUCGGCGGACGGGCUCGCGUUGUUCGACAGCACGGGCUGCCCGUUAUUAAGGCGCGGCGCGGAGGUUCUAGAAGCGUACGGCAGCGACGCGUGGCCGUUCACUCCGGCGCGAAUCGCGGAGCUGGAGGCGGCGAAAGCCGAUCGCGACGCGAAGGAGCAGCAGCUCGGCGCGCUUCUCGCGACGAACGAUCGCGAUUGGCUGCUACGAGGCGGCGGCGGUGUAGGUGGCGGUGGCGGCGAGUCAGGAGAGCCGUUGGAUGCGGAGCUGGCUAAGGAACGAAUCGCGGAUAGCCUGGCGGGGAAGCGCGUGGUGGGGCUUUAUUUCGGCGCGGCUUGGUGCCCCCCGUGCGAGCCGUUGCUGCAGCGACUGACGUCCGCGUAUCACGGGAUCAGCGAGAAACACGGGAAGCACGCUCUGGAGGUGGUUUAUGUCUCGUGUGACACUAACGAGCGGGAGUUUCUCGAAUCGGUGAAAGGGGUGCCGUGGCUGGCCGUGCCGUUCGCGGAUAAGGCGACCAGAGACGCGCUAGUAGAAAGGUUUUCGUCCAAAGCCAUCCCCUCUAUAGUGUUCCUCGAUAACUCCGCAGCAGCUACCGCAGCAGAGGCAGCAGCGGAGGGUGCAUGGAACGAGGCGAUGUUGAGGCACCCAACACCGACCAUCACGAGGGAUGGACGCGAUGUGAUCAUGGAAGUGGGCGCGGAGGGGUUUCCGUUCUCAGCUGAGCAUGUGGAACGGGCCAGCGCUGCUAAGUAG